GGCAGGGGGCAGAACCCAGGGAAGGGGAGCUGCGGGGCCCAGGCCCCUGGGGGGCCGGGGCCAGGCCACUGGCGGGGGGCAGCGGGCACCAGGACUGAAGGCAGCCUGAGCCGGGCAGGGCCCCUCCCUCUGCUGCGGCAGCCCCCCAUCAUGCAGCCGCCCCUGGACCUCAAGCAGAUCAUGCCCUUCCCCCUGGAGCCAGCCCCCGCCCUGGGCCUCUUCAGCAACUACAGCACCAUGGACCCUGUGCAGAAGGCUGUGCUCUCGCACACGUUCGGGGGACCCUUGCUCAAGACCAAGCGGCCCAUCAUCUCCUGCAACGUCUGUCAGAUCCGCUUCAACUCUCAGAGCCAGGCCGAGGCGCACUACAAGGGCAACCGCCACGCCCGGAGGGUCAAGGGCAUCGAGGCCGCCAAGACCCGAGGCCGGGAGCCUGGCGCCCGGGAACCUGGAGACACCACCCCUGCCGGCAACGUGCCCCCCAACGCGGAGGGCGCCACCCCCCGUCCAGUUCCCGCGGAGAAUGGACUGGCUCCAGCCCCAGGGUCCCCCGAGAAACAGCCCGGCUCCCCGCCCCCGCCCAGCAUUCCAGAGACUGGCCAGGGGACCGCCAAGGGCGAAGGGGCGACCCCCGCCCUGGCCCCCCUGCCCGGAGGGAGCAAGGAAGAGGAGGAGAAGGCCAAGCGGCUGCUCUACUGCGCCCUGUGCAAGGUGGCCGUCAACUCCCUGUCCCAGCUGGAGGCCCACAACAAAGGUACUAAGCACAAGACCAUUCUGGAGGCCCGGAGCGGACUGGGCCCCAUCAAGGCCUACCCUCGGCUGGGGCCCCCCACUCCCGGGGAGCCAGAGGCCCCCGCCCAGGACCGAACCUUCCACUGUGAGAUCUGCAACGUCAAGGUCAACUCGGAGGUCCAGCUGAAACAGCACAUUUCCAGCCGGCGGCACCGGGACGGAGUGGCCGGGAAGCCCAACCCGCUGCUCGGCCGGCACAAGAAGCCUCGGGGCGCCGGGGAGCUGGCGGCCGCGCUGACCCUCCCCAAGGAGCUGCCCAAGCCGCUGGCCGGGGGCCUGCUCCCGGGCCCGCUGGCGGUGGCGGCGGUGAUGGCCGCGGCCGCGGGGUCCCCGCUGUCCCUGCGCCCCGCGCCCGCCGCGCCCCUGCUGCAGGGGCCGCCCCUCGCCCACCCGCUGCUCCACCCGGCCCCCGGGCCCAUCCGGACCGCGCACGGACCCAUCCUCUUCUCGCCCUACUGA